AUGGCAGACCCUCGCGACCCAUCGUCGUACUCGAUUGUGCCGAGGAUCCGGUACAACACUGUCGGCGGCAUCAACGGCCCGCUGGUCAUCCUCGAAAAUGUCAAAUUCCCCAGAUACAACGAGAUUGUGACGUUGACGCUUCCCGACGGUACCGAGAGAUCUGGACAAGUCCUGGAAGCUCGAGGUACCAUUCCCUUGCUCUGGCGCUCUCGCUGCCUCGCUGCCCGGGCAUGCACUGCGUACGACAUCGGCGAACGAAUGCUGACGCAAUCCGAGCAGGUUUUCGAAGGCACUUCCGGCAUUGACGUGAAGAAGACCAAGGUCGAGUUCACCGGCCAGAGCUUGAAGCUCGGUGUGUCGGAGGACAUGCUGGGUCGCAUCUUUGACGGUUCCGGACGCGCCAUUGAUAAAGGUCCCAAAGUGCUCCCCGAGGAGUACCUUGAUAUUAACGGCAGUCCCAUCAAUCCUUUCUCGCGCGAAUAUCCCGAGGAGAUGAUAUCGACUGGCAUCUCUGCCAUCGAUACGAUGAACUCAAUCGCUCGAGGGCAAAAGAUCCCCAUCUUCUCCGCCUCCGGUCUGCCGCACAACGAAAUUGCGGCCCAGAUUUGCCGCCAGGCCAGUCUUGUGCAGAAAGAGGGCAUUACGAACAAGGGCACCCACGACGGGCAUGAGGAGAACUUCUCCAUCGUGUUCGGUGCCAUGGGUGUCAACUUGGAAACUGCCCGCUUCUUCACGCGCGAUUUCGAGGAAAACGGCAGCUUGGAGCGCACGACUCUGUUCCUCAACCUCGCCAACGACCCGACCAUCGAGCGAAUCAUCACGCCCCGUCUUGCGCUCACGACGGCCGAAUACUACGCUUACCAGCUCGAGAAGCACGUGUUGGUUAUCCUGACGGAUCUGUCGGCGUACUGCGACGCCCUCCGCGAGGUUUCGGCGGCCCGAGAGGAGGUGCCCGGCCGACGCGGUUACCCCGGUUACAUGUACACGGAUUUGUCCACCAUCUACGAGCGUGCUGGCCGAGUUGAGGGCCGCAACGGCUCCAUCACACAGAUUCCGAUCCUGACGAUGCCCAACGAUGACAUCACGCACCCGAUUCCCGAUUUGACAGGCUACAUUACGGAGGGGCAGAUCUUCAUCGACCGACCCUUGUACAACCGCGGCAUCUACCCGCCCAUCAACGUGCUGCCGUCGCUGUCUCGUCUGAUGAAGUCGGCCAUCGGCGAGGGCAUGACCCGUCGGGACCACGGCGACGUGUCGAACCAGCUUUACGCCAAGUACGCCAUCGGCCGCGACGCGGCGGCCAUGAAGGCCGUCGUCGGCGAGGAGGCUCUGACGGCCGAGGACAAGCUGUCGCUGGAGUUCUUGGACAAGUUUGAGCGGACCUUUAUCAGCCAGGGCCAGUACGAGGGGCGAACGAUCUUCGAGUCCCUCGACCUCGCGUGGAGCCUGCUGCGGAUCUACCCCAAGGAUCUCCUCAACCGCAUCCCGGCCAAGGUCAUCAACGAGUUCUAUCAGAGGGCGCAGAAGGAUGCCAAAUCCAAGGGCAAGGCUCGCGCGCAGGUUGCUGCAAACAACCAGAAGCAGAGCGAGGGAAAUCUGAUUGACGCAUGA